AUGACGCCGAUACCUCAUUCGCCCUCGGCUACCUUACUACUCAUACUAACCGAAAGAAAUAUAUCCCGAGGGCUCAUAUUGCAAUUGUUUACCAGUAAGAGCAUGAAGGGCUUGUGCCAACUUGCAAAAUUGUCUUGUCCCUGGCGGACAGUAGGGGUAGACAAGUAUAGGUUGUGA